AUGUACAAGACAAACUACGAUCUCUACAAAUGCGAAAGCAUCGACAGCAGACGCACCCCACCACCUCCAGAUGAGCUGCUUUCUCCAUUAGCAACACUCUACCCACAUGUUGCAGCUAUGCAUUACAAUAGCACCUUUACUGGUUAUCGCAACACAGACUACUGGGCUGUCGCCUAUCCUUCACAACCCAUUGAGGAACCACUCUCUCCACGACGAACAAACGACCUACCCUGUCGCUUUGUAUCGAAACUGCGUCGACUUCUCAGCCGGGACGAUUUAAAAUAUCGAAGACGCUCAGAAUCUACCACAUAA